AUGUCUCAAGACCAUGCUCAACUAGAUAGCAAUGUGAUCUGCCAGCACAUAUUCCCCAUGGUGCAUGCUGAUGCGACUAUCUGUGUAAAGGUGUUGCAAGGAUUGAUAGAGUCAGCGUAUGGGUACAAGGUGUCUUACAAGAAGGUUUGGCACACGAAGCAGAAGGCAAUCGCAAGGCUCUAUAGUGAUUGGGACGAUUCGUAUGACCAGCUGCGCAGAUACUUCAAUGCGCUGCAAGCUUUUGUCCCAGGGACAAUUGUUGACCUCCAAACGGUUCCGUACUAUGUUGGAAACACCCUUGACCGUGAUAGUGUCAUGCAUUGCAAGCCGCUGGUGUCAGUAGACGGAACACACCUGUACGGUAAGUACGCUGGCACCCUUCUCAUGGGCAUAGCACAGUAUGGAAACAAUAACAUUCUGCCCGUCGCUUUCGCCCUCGUAGAAAGAGAGAACACAGAUUCAUGGUACUUCUUCCUGACUAAUUUGAGGAGACAUGUAGCGACUAGGCCAGGAGUGCUUCUUAUCUUCGACAGGCAUGCUGCAAUAAAGGCCGUAUUGGAGCGUGAAGGAUGUGGUUGGGAUCACAAUGCUUACUGUGUACGACAUAUUGCCUCCAACUUCGCAACAAGUUUCAAGAGUAAGGAGGUCAAAAGACACCUGGUUAAUGCCGCUUAUUCGAAGACGCAAGAGCAGGCGCAGUACUAUCUUGAGUUAAUUAGCAGCGAGGAUCCUGUAGUAUCACCGCAGAUGAUGGGUUGGAUACGAGGGUUAGAGCCACCUAAAUGGCUGCAGCACCUUGAUGAGGGCCGACAAUAUGGUCACAUAACGACCAAUCUUUCUGAGUGUAUCAACUCCGUCCUAAAGGGCACUAGAAAUCUAUUAGUCUGUGCAAUUGUGAAGUCUACCUACCAUCGCCUAAAUGAGUUAUUCGUCAUCAAGGGUCGGCAAGCACAAGCGCAGAUUGCAAGUGGUCAGGUGUUCUCACAGUUCCUGCAAAAAGCCAUAUUAGUGAACCGUGAGGGAAUAUCUCAGAUGUUAGUGACGUCGUUCGAUAGAGCCACAACCGUAUUCACAGUCGACGAGAUAGCUGCUGCAGGGGUGCAGUCUCGGUUUAGGGUUAACCUUCAAUUUCACAGAUGUGACUGUGGUUACUUCCAGGCGUUACACUACCCAUGUGCUCAUGCUCUAGCCGCUUGCGCCUACGCGAGACUAGAGUGGCAACAGUAUGUUGAUUUGGUUUAUCGCAUCGAGAGCGUCUUUCGGGUCUAUGAGAUGGAGUUCCAGCCAAUGCCGGAUGAGGAUAUGUGGCCCCCUUAUGAAGGCCCGCGUGUCUGUCCCAAUCCCCUCCUACGACGCACACUUGAAGGACGUCCGAUGACUACGAGGAUCCGGAAUGAGAUGGACGAGGUUGAGCCGGGACUCGGUAAGCGGUGUGGCCUUUGCAGGCAAACAGGACAUACAAGGCGCGACAUUGUCCCAACGCUAAUGCAACCUAGAAUGCCACCAGCUUGGUGUAUUUACGAUCGUUAA